CCCGCGCAGUGCAUUCUGGGAGUCUCUUUCGCUUUCAGAGAGUAGAAGGGAGGGGGAGAGAGAGCCGGUCAGUCAGUCAGCUAGUGAGUCGGUUGGUUGCGAGGAUGCUGACCUCGCGCACGUUCCUGAAGCGCACGCGGGCCGGCGCCGUCAUGAAGGUGGUGCGCGAGCACUACCUGCGCGACGACAUUACCUGCGGGGCGGCCGCGUGCGGGCUCUGCGCGCCUCGGGAGGAGGAGCAGGAGCAGGAGAAGGGGCCGCCUCGCCAGGCCCUGCUGGAGGCCCAGCCCAGCGGCGCCGCCAGCAGCCUCUGCCCCGGGCCCCACUACCUCCUCCUCGACACCAAUUUGCUCCUGCACCAGAUUGAUAUUCUUGAAGAUCCUGUUAUUCGAAAUGUUAUCAUUCUUCAGACAGUUUUACAGGAAGUAAGAAAACGAAGUGCACCGGUGUACAAGAGAAUAAAAGAUGUGAUAGCUAAUCCUGAAAAACAUUUCUAUGCCUUCACUAAUGAACAUCAUAAAGAAACAUAUAUAGAACAACAACAAGGGGAAAAUGCAAAUGACCGCAAUGACAGAGCCAUCAGAGUAGCGGCAAAAUGGUACAAUGAACACCUGGCAAAGUUACAGACUGAAGAAAAGAUUACAGUUAUCUUGCUCACAAAUGACAGAAAAAAUAAAGAGAAAGCUGUGGAAGAGGGAAUAACUGCUUACACAUGUGAAGAGUACAUAAAGAGCUUGAUAGCUAAUCCUGAACUUGUGGAUCGACUUGCUUGCUUGAAUGAUGAAGGGAAUGAAAUAGAAAAUGGAAGGAUCAUUUUCUCAGAGCACCUUCCACUUAGCAAAUUGCAGCAGGGUAUAAAGUCUGGCCUCUACCUUCAAGGAACAUUCAGAGCUAACAGAGAUAAUUACCUUGAAGCUACAGUUUGGGUUCAUGGAGAUGGAGACCAGAGAGAGGUAAUAGUACAGGGAUUGAAAAACCUAAACCGUGCAGUGCAUGAGGACAUCGUAGCAGUGGAACUAUUGUCCAAAGAUGCCUGGACUGCACCAUCCUCGGUGGUCUUACUUGAUGAUGAGGGUCAAAAUGAAGAGGAUGACCAAGAAAAAGAAGAGGAGAAAGAAAGCAGUCUAAAGACGUCUGUGAGCAAGGCUAUGUUGCGACCAACUGGCAAAGUGGUGGGAAUUAUAAAAAGAAACUGGAGACCUUACUGUGGAAUGCUUUCUAAAUCACAAAUUAAAGAGUCAAGGCGGCAUUUAUUUACACCAGCUGAUCGCAGAAUCCCUCGGAUUCGAAUAGAAACAAGACAGUCUUCAACGCUUGAAGGACAAAGAAUAAUUGUUGCCAUUGAUGGUUGGCCCAGAAGUUCAAGAUACCCUCAUGGUCAUUUUGUAAAGAAUCUUGGAGCCGCUGGGGACAAAGAAACCGAGACUGAAGUCCUGUUGCUUGAGCAUGAUGUCCCUCACCAGGCUUUCUCACAGGCAGUUCUCAGCUUCCUUCCUCAGAUGCCCUGGAGCAUUACUGACAAGGACAUGAAAUUUAGAGAAGACCUGAGAUAUUUGUGUGUGUGCAGUGUGGAUCCUCCUGGCUGUACUGAUAUUGAUGAUGCAUUGCACUGCAGGGACUUGGAAAAUGGCAAUCUGGAGGUUGGAGUACACAUUGCAGAUGUCAGCCACUUCAUUCGACCAGGAAAUGCUCUGGAUCAGGAAUCUGCAAAAAGGGGGACAACUGUGUAUUUGUGUGAAAAAAGAAUAGAUAUGGUUCCAGAGCUGCUUAGUUCCAACUUAUGUUCAUUGAGAUCCAAUGUUGACAGGCUUGCAUUUUCAUGCAUUUGGGAAAUGAAUCAUAAUGCGGAAGUAUUGAAGACACGAUUUACCAAAAGUGUCAUUAAUUCCAAGGCUUCCCUGACCUAUGCUGAGGCACAAAUGAGAAUCGAUUCUGACACCAUGAAUGAUGAUAUUACGCUUAGCCUACGUGGAUUAAAUAAACUGGCCAAAAUACUUAAGAAGCGCCGGAUACAUAAGGGGGCUUUAACACUUUCUUCACCUGAAGUUCGUUUCCACAUGGAUAGUGAAACUCACGAUCCUAUUGAUUUACAGACAAAGGAACUCAAAGAAACCAACUCCAUGGUUGAGGAGUUCAUGUUGCUUGCUAAUAUCUCUGUAGCACAAAAGAUCUAUGAUGAAUUCUCAGAACAUGCCUUGCUGAGAAAGCACCCAGCGCCACCUCCCUCUAAUUAUGACAUCCUUGUGAAAGCAGCAAAGUCUAAGGAUUUAGAAAUCAAAACUGACUCCGCAAAGGCCCUGGCAGAUUCCCUAGAUCGUGCAGAAUCCCCUUCUUUCCCAUACCUGAACACCUUGCUACGUAUUUUGGCAACCCGCUGCAUGAUGCAAGCUGUCUAUUUUUGCUCAGGAAUGGACAAUGAUUUUCAUCACUAUGGUUUAGCAUCACCCAUUUAUACACAUUUUACUUCACCAAUCAGAAGAUAUGCUGAUAUCAUAGUGCAUCGAUUGCUGGCUGUGGCUAUUGGAGCAGACAGCACAUACCCUGAUCUUACAGAUAAACAUAAAUUGGCAGAAUUGUGUAACAAUCUCAAUUACAGGCACAAAAUGGCUCAAUAUGCACAGAGAGCAUCUGUUGCCUUCCACACCCAGUUGUUUUUCAAAAACAAGAGCGUGGUGAAUGAAGAGGCGUAUAUUCUGUUUGUGAGGAAGAAUGCAAUUGUAGUUCUGAUCCCCAAAUAUGGGUUAGAAGGCACUGUCUUCUUUGAAGAAAAGGAUAAGCCAAAACCAUCACUACUGUACAAUGAUGAGAUACCAUCUCUUACUGUGGAAGGCAUAACUUUUCAUACGUUUGACAAAGUUACAGUGAACAUCAUGUUAGAUGCCUCCAACAUCCAACACCAGAAAAUACGUAUGGCUUUGGUAGAGCCAAAGGUACCAGGAUGUAGUGUUGCAAGCCAAAAUCGUGAACCAGAAAAAAAGAAGAAGAAGCUGGGGAAAUAAUUUUGUUACACCAUUUUAGAGAUUUUCCCGCUUUUAAAUUAUGUUUAAAGAAAAAAAAAACUUCUAUAACUUUUUAUACAGUUUUAGAGUUUCCUUAAAAAAAUUGUACCUGUGCUUAAACAUUUUUACCAGUAUUCUGAUACAAUGACAUUUUAAAAUGCUAGUCAUGUAUUGUAUUAAAGGCCUCUGUGCCAAAAAUAUGUGAUCUUUUGGGAAUUCCUUGGUUUGUCUGCAGAAAGAGAGAAAAUGAUGAGUUUCAAUAUGGAACAUUUUGUGUGUAUUUCAUCUCUGGCAGUUAGAAUUGCAUCAACUUCUAAUGUUUUCCCUUGCACAUCUAUUGCUUUCUUGAUAUAUUUGUCAGCUUUUUUUUAAGAAAAGGGGGCACUGGUGCCACUACUAUUCCUAUAAAAUGUGGACAUUAUAUAAAAAUAAAUAUACAUCAACAACAAAGGCUUUUAACUUGCACAACACCAAAGGAGGAACACAAGAGCAAGUGGAUAUUCUAUUUAUACUAAACUUAUAUUCUAAAGUGUAACAUUUCAUGUCUGCUGGGACAUAGCCAAAGAAGUGGGCUCAUGUUGGCUUAAAAUAGCAACUGAUCUUGUGUUAAAUGUUUCUGUUUUGUACAGAUUUCAGUAUUUGUCGUCAUUGGGGACAUGUUUCUCAACCUUCCUAAUGCUGCGACCCCUUAAUACAGUUCCCUCAUGUUGUGGUGACUCCCAACCAUAAAAUUAUUUUUCAUUACUACUUCAUAAUUGUAAUUUUGCUACUGUUAUGAAUCAUAAUGUAAAUAUCUAAUAAGCAGGGUGUUUUUUCUAUCACUGGAUGGAAUUUGACACAAAUACUCAAUAUGCUCAAAUUUGAAAUUGGUGGGGUUGGGGCGGGAAUAGAUUUUGUCAUUUGGGAGUUGUAGUUGCUUGAAUGUAUAGUUAACUUACAAUCAAAGAGCAUUCCGAACUCCACCAAUGAUGGAACUGAACCAAACUUGGCACACAGAACUCCCAUGACCAAGAAAAAAUACUGUGUUUUCUGAUGUUUUUGGCGACCCCUCUGAAAUCCCCCUCGCAACCCUCCCAGGGGUCCCAACCCACAGGUUGAGAAACGCUGCUCUAGGCACUCAACUUUUAUGGCCUUGUGGGCAAUCAUUAUUUAUUAUCUGUAUCCAAUUACAGAAUGACAAGCAAUAUAUUGUGUAGUAAAUUAAAGAAUAAACCCUUCUGAUUUAAUAGAUAUUCUUCCCAAUAACUCCAGUAUCAAAUGAAAGCUUAGUUAAGUGGUUUUAAACCUCUGUGGCACAUUUGUGUGCUGUGAAAGUUGCAUACUUAUCUUACAGCAAGUUUUUCUCUUUACUUCGGCCUCCCCCUUCCUUUGGUGACUACCCCUUAGUUUGAAUGGGAUGCCAUGCUCCCCUGCUAUUGUCUGAGAAGUGGAGAAGCCAGCAACAUGCAUGCACUGCAUGUGCCACAUACACUCUCCCAAUUCCCACCUGUUUCACUCAAGGUGACAGUAAACAUCACUACCCAACUGGGCUGAAUGAGCUCUUUUUCCUCCUUCCCCAUGAAGUACAACAUCCUGUUUGGAGUGAGAGGAAAAGGAAGAGGCUAUACUAAUUUCAUUCCUUUCUUAUCACUUUCAUUUCAUGAAGGAAAGAGGUUCAUCCUGCCCAAGCUUGACAACUGUUGUUGCCUCACGACUCACAAAGAUUGCAAAUGGAGAAAUGGGUGCAGAUCUGAGGCAAGUGAAGAUGGCAAUGCUGUUAUGAGGCCAACAAAAAGGUGCUAAAAGACUUUUGCUCCUCAGAUAAACUGAAGAGCUGAUGUCUAUCAGAAAUAAAAAGCAGUUUAGUGAUAAAGACAAGACAUAAAUAAAGUUGAAUUUACUGGG